GAUCAGCUGGAUGCGCCUCCAAAUCCUUCAUCAUUCCAACGAAGAAGCAACAAAAACUCACAUACCGCUGCAAACUAACUCCGUGGCAUCAAGCAAGUAAGAAGAAUGUGGGGCAUUAUCACAGACUUCUUCACCUAUGAGACAACUAAAUCAGUGGUGGUCAAGAGUUGGCUGGUCGGAACCAUCAACCGUUUUAUGCAACUCCUCAUCAUUGUCUACUUUGUCGGUUGGGUAUUUUUGCAUGAGAAAGCUUAUCAAACUAAAGACACUGGGAUUGAAUCAGCAGUCAUGACCAAAGUCAAGGGAUUUGGUCGGUACAACAACCAGGUGAUGGAUGUGGCAGACUAUGUAGUUCCUCAACAGGGUACCUCAGUAUUUUGCAUCAUUACCAGACUCAUCAUGACACAUAACCAAACACAAGGGCUUUGUCCACAGUAUGGCAAAAACUACAGAUGCACCCAUGACUCUGACUGUGACAAACAUCUGAGAUCACAUCUGGCAAAUGGUAUUUUUACAGGACGGUGUCUGACAGAGGAUGGACAGUGUGAGAUUGAAGGCUGGUGUCCCACAGAAAAUGAUACUGUCCAGACGGAAUAUAUGGAGGAAGUCGAGAACUUCACCAUUUUCAUUAAGAAUAGUGUUCGAUUUGCCCUCUUCGACAUCACCAGGGGGAACUUUCCUCGCACUAUUGACAUAAACUGUAUGUAUGAUCCUGUUGGCAACCCUUACUGUCCAGUCUUCAGAGUGGGAGACAUACUCAGAUAUGCAAAUGAGAGCUUCAGCGCAAUUGCUUAUAAGGGUGGCCAGAUUGGUAUUCAUAUCAGAUGGAUGUGUAAUUUUGACCAACCUGUGGAGAACUGCAAACCUACCUUCUCCUUCACUAGACUGGAUGAGGCGUUUGAGGAUAACAAUGUUUCCAAAGGUUACAACUUCCGGUUUGCGAAAUACUACAGGUCACACGAUGAAGAGGAGUAUCGUACACUCUACAAGGCCUUUGGUAUCCACUUUGACGUUAUGGUCUCUGGCAAUGCUGGAAAGUUUGACGUGAUCCCAACACUUAUCAACAUAGUAGCAGCUUGCACCUCAGUAGGACUGGCCACUGUCCUCUGCGAUAUCAUUCUUCUAAACUUUCUAAGAGGAGCAGAACGGUACAAGGCAAAGAAAUUUGAGGAGGUCUCUGACACAGACAUAACUGCUGAGGUCCAAAGUCAAAGCCAAAGCCUUCAAACAAUCAGAAAUGAAGGGAAGAUCUCAGACGAUUCUGGAUCCUUCUCUAAUGGUCGGCAGCGACACUAAAGUUCCUUGACCUCUGACAUCAUCUGUCUUAUCUCCCACACUGUAUAUCUCUUUGUCAGAGUGUAAGAUUUAACAGACACCUGUUACCAAAAAAACUGCAUGCCUAAACCUCAUAGUUCGCAGGGUAUAUCAAAAAGACAUUUAUAGCCCAAUACAUACUGUAUAUUUAUACAUAUGGGUAAUUUUAAUCUGGAAAUUUUCAGAAAAUGUAUGAAAUGAAAAUGUAUUUGUAUGGUUUAUUUCCCAAUUUCCCCAAUCCAGGGAAACUGUCAUUUCCAUCACACAACAAAACAUGUGUAUUAAAGCAAAAUUGCCCAAAUAAUUACUCUUCCAAAUGUAUUUAUUUAAAAAUCAGACACAUAUCUGCCAAAUUUAAU